AUGUCGUUGACAUCCGAAGCCGGUCAGAACCAAAGCGAACUAGGCGAGCAUGAACUGCACCUGCCGAUAUGCUGGCAGCCCGACCAAUCCCAAGAUGGGGCUCUUGGCUCUCCUGAUGCAAUCUUUGAAAAGUCGUUGGCUCCUAUCGAUGCGAUUUUCGCGCGUGAGGGCGCUCCGUGCACAUUUUCGAGGGCACAUUUUCGAGGCAACCGCAGGGCGAGGCGAAGGGGCGCAUCACGGGACCCCAUAGCUUGCUCGGAAAGCGUGCUGAACCCUCCACUUUGGUGGACGCCUAGAUCUGGCGAGAGGCUCGGAUUCUGGCCUGCCUCUUCCGGAUGUCCCGGUCUGGGCGGGGGCUGCACUGCGCUGGAGCUUUGCCUGGACUCGUUUCAGCUGCUUCGGCGCACGCUCGAUCCCGACCGACCAGCUGCGGCCCAACUUUUUCAAAAUUUGGGCCCCACCUCGCCCCACUCGCAGUUCAUACAGCCCUCUGCCCGCGACAGUUCUUCCGAGGGUCGCGCGCUGCUGCCUGCUGCGCCUGGGCCGACUGCAUAUCGCUGCCCAAAAGAUCAAGCCUCUCCGAUCUGCGUUGCUCACUCGCCCACCUUCACAUCUUCCAUCUGCCAUCGGUCCAUCAUCGUCACCACUGCGACACCAUCAUCGCAACUCUGCGACGAAGCAAAGCAACCGGUCUCAUCCAUCCUCCCCGGUCCGGCUCGACUGGCACGGUUCAACGUCUCGAGCUCCCACCUGCCUCGCUCUCAGGCGAUCGCUGCACCUUCGAUUCGUCAAACUCUCACCUUGCCGCAACGGUACACGGUCCGAUCGUUCAAUAUGUCGUCCUCGUCCUCAUCAGCUGCGGCGUCGGGAUCGCAAAAGAAGCACAAGGUGGCCAUCGUCGGCUCGGGCAACUGGGGCUCGGCGAUAGCGCGCAUCGCAGGCCAAAACACACAGCGACACUCGGACAUCUUUGAGCACGAGGUGCAGAUGUACGUCUUCGAGGAGGACUACAAGGGCAAGCCGCUGUCGCAGGUCAUCAACGAGACGCACGAGAAUCCCAAGUACCUGCCGGGAUGCCAAUUGCCAGACAACGUGGUGGCGAAUCCGUCGCCCGUGGAUGCGGUUAAGGACGCCACGAUGCUUGUGUUUGUGCUGCCGCACCAGUUCAUCCGCUCGGUGUGCAAGCAGCUGAAGGGCAAGGUGGAUCCGAACGCGCACGCCAUCUCGAUGAUCAAGGGCGUCGAGGUGAAGGACGGCAAGAUCUCGAUCUUUGCCGAUGUGAUUCAGGAGGCGCUCGGCAUCUCGUGCUCGGCGCUGUCCGGUGCCAACAUCGCCAACGAGGUGGCGCAGGACAAGUUUUCGGAAACCACGAUCGGACACCGUGCCGAUGCCAAGGGCCGCGAGAACGCCGAGCUCUUCUUCAAGCUCUUCGACACGCCCACGUUCAAGGUGGGCAUCAUCGAGGAUGUGGCGGGAGUGAGCCUGUGCGGUGCGCUCAAGAACGUCGUCGCCAUUGCGGCCGGUUUCACCGACGGCCUGGGCUGGGGCGACAACGCCAAGGCGGCGGUGAUGCGCAUCGGCCUGAUGGAGAUGAAGCGCUUCAGCGAAGAGUUCUUCGACGGCGUCAAGCCCGAGACGUUCACCGAGACGUCGGCUGGCGUGGCGGACCUGAUCACCACGUGUCUCGGCGGCCGCAACCGCAAGUGCGCCGAGGCCUUCGUCAAGACGGGCAAGCCGUUUGACCAGCUCGAAAAGGAGCUGCUCAACGGGCAGAAGCUUCAGGGCACCGAAACGGCGCGCGAGGUGCACGAACUCCUCGCCGCCCGCGGCAAGGUGGACGAUUACCCGCUCUUCAAGGCCGUCUAUUCGAUCGCUUACGAAGGCAUUGACGCCCACGACCUCACCAGCCGCUUAUAG